CUCCGUGGUUACGUCAGAACCCUAAAACUAUCGUACUAAGCAGUAUAGUAAACCAUUGCAGGUAGCUUACUAUUCUAACGUACUAUCUGGUAGGCUAGUAUGCGGUUUGAGAAGUUGCCCUUGUCUCUGGCGGCCAGCAGGUGGCGCUGUACCACGGCGCCGUUUCACACACUGAAGAAAGCUGAGUCACAUCUAAAUGCCGCGGCUGCUGCUAACGCUAACAGCGAAGGAGACGGAAUUUCUGCGUUUAUUUCUUCUUGCUAUUAUUGAACCAUGUUGACGAUUACGCUGAAAACUCUACAGCAGCAAACCUUUAAGAUACAAAUAGACGAAGAGUUGACGGUACGAGCUCUUAAAGAGAAGAUUGAAUCUGAAAAGGGUCAGGAUGCGUAUCCCAUAGCUGGACAGAAGCUCAUCUAUGCAGGUAAAAUCUUGAAUGAUGACAUACCUUUAAAAGAAUACAAAAUAGAAGAGAAGAAUUUUGUUGUGGUCAUGGUAACUAAGCCGAAACCAGCAGCUCCUCCUGUCGUUCCUAUUCCUCUCCCUGACCUUUCACCUCUGCCCCUUUCUGUACCUGCUCCCCCUCCAUCUGCCCCAGCAGCUCCUGAACCCACCCCCACCUCUGCAACUGCUGCUGUACCCACCCCUACAGUUGCACCUGCACCCACAGUCACCCCUACAGUUGCCCCUGCACCCACAGUCACCACUACAGCUGCCCCUGCACCCACAGUCACCCCUACAACUGCUCCUGCACCCACAGUCACUCCUGCAUCUGCCCCUGCCCCAGUACCUACACCCACACCUGGGCUUGUUGAACCAGUGCAGUCUGUGGAGCCUCCUGCUCCUCCAGCCACAGCACCCCCUGCUGCUGCCCCUGCUGCCAGUGUGGAGUCAGCGGAGACAGAGUGUGCAAGCUCCCAGGCUGCAUCUGCAGAUCAGCCGCAGAGAGCCGAGCCGGAGCAGCCAUCAAACCCCACUGCAGCUCUCUCAGCUGCCAGCAUUAUGGAUGAACUGGGCCUUUUAGAGGAAGCAGCAUCAAUACUUGUCACAGGACAGGCAUAUGAGAAUUUGGUGACAGAGAUCAUGUCCAUGGGAUAUGAGAGGGAGCAGGUCGUCGCCGCCUUGAGAGCGAGCUUCAACAACCCUGACCGAGCGGUGGAAUACUUGCUCAUGGGUAUUCCUGUUGAGCCAGAGCAGCCUGCACAGGAAGCAGUGCGACCCGCUGAAGAAACAGAGAGACCUCAGCCUCCACCAGCAGCCACUGGUGCUACACCCUCUCAGGCCCCGCCCGCCUCAGCUAACCCCCUGGAGUUCCUGAGGAACCAGCCGCAGUUCCAGCAAAUGCGUCAGAUCAUCCAGCAGAACCCAGCGCUCCUCCCGGCCCUGCUGCAGCAACUGGGCCGGGACAACCCUCAGCUCCUGCAGCAAAUCACGCAGCACCAGGAGCGAUUUGUCCAGAUGCUUAAUGAGCCGCUGGGAGGAGAAGCGGAGGCAGCAGAGGCACAGGGAGCUCCUCACACUAACUAUAUCCAGGUCACACAGCAGGAGAAAGAGGCCAUCGAGAGGUUAAAAGCUUUGGGCUUCCCUGAGGGACUAGUCAUUCAGGCAUAUUUCGCCUGUGAAAAAAACGAGAACCUAGCAGCCAACUUCCUGCUCCAGCAGACCUUCGAUGACGAGUGAAUGUGUAACGUGGACUGAAACACUAGGGGGCGCUGGAGAGACUGAGAGUGCUAGUUUGUGUGUAGUGUGCGCUUGUGGCAGAGUUUGAGAGGAGAUUUUAAAUUGCGACUGCGAGUACAUUAUGUUGGAGAGAAAAGCCAUGUUGUGAAUUACUCUAAUAUCAGAGAUCAGAUUUCUGCCUGUAUUAGAUUAUUUCACUUAGACUGUAGGCUGCGUGUCUCUGCUGCUGUUCUCGCUGAGCGUGCCGUGUGAAUUUACAGGUUUUUAUCUCUGCUCUAAGUUAUUAAUUAAAUCCUGCCAAGACCCAAAGACCCUUGAGUAUGAUCUCUCAUCGUGUCCUUACAGUAUGUGUGGCACAUGGUCUUGCUUUUUUGUUGAUAAUUUUCACAAAUGCUCUAUAAUCUGUAGUCACAAAUGGGAUGUACCAUUCUUUAAGGAACUGACAUUUUAUGACAUUGGCUUGGAAAUAACACAGUACUACCACAUGUCCAGUGAAUAGACAACAAAUUAUAUUGAAACCAUUCUCUCUUGCUAAAAGUCUUGACAGUGUUUGGUGUCUUAUCUAGGCACCUGAAUAAACAGGGAUGCCAAAACUUGUCUGGAUUCUCAUACUAAUUCACCUGCAUGUAACUCUUUAAGUUUGAAUGGGUUUACAUAUAUGCACUAAAGGGCAAACAUAUGCACCAAAGACGUUUUAUAUGGAGAAAAACCCUUUUCCUAAUUUUUGUUGAGGGCAAUCUCUUACUAUUUUUUUUAAUGGACCUAACCAUUUCAGAGAAGUAAUUCAACAGGAGCGCCUGAAUAUGAGAAUCGGCUGUUUUAUGUUUUAAAUGAAAAAUACCAAAACAAAUGAAUUAGCUAGACAUUCCCUCUGUUUUUUUUUCAUCAACAUACUACUAGCUUUUAUAUA